AUGUCUCCGUCUCCUUCCUCUGCUGGCGCUGCGAGUACCCAGAACGAUGAUGAUCUAGAAUUUGGCGGCGGGAAACCAAAGACGAGAACAACAACAAUAACAAAAAGACGAAGACUCACAUCGCUCAAAGCAUCCAUUCGCAAUUCGCUUUCCAAUCAACUGUCCAUUUUCACGAGCAAGAAACACUUGCGCUUGAGGAAGCAAGGGGAGUUAUUCACACAAAUCGUGUUUCUAGUGUACGUGACGAGCUGCGUGAUGCUCGUUGGUAAAGAGAACGUGGAGAAUAUAAGCGCGUGUGGGUAUAAUUCGGUCGUGCCUUGGUACGUGGGGAUUCUGUUUUAUGCCUCGGCGACGGCGAGCAACCACUCGUGUUUGUGGUACGUGGUUCGAUCGGUGAGAGCGGAUGAGAACACGAGACGAGCGACGAUGAGGAUGGUUUUUGGUAUGAUUUCUGUCGUGAGUUUGUAUUUGACGAUGUAUUUUCCGAGGUGUUUUUGGCAGUGUCAUCAGACGAGCGUCUGGAUGUGGGCGAUAUCGACGAGCGCGUUGAUGACGAUGAGAGGGGAGGAGACGGAGGAUGCGAAGAAAAGUAGCGAGACUAGAACGAAGAGUAGCAAAAACGGUAGCAAAGCAGAUGCUCGCGAAGGUGGUGAAAACGAAGGCGACGACGACACCACCAUUGCCGAGAACAACAUCGGCUUAAAACUAUUGGCGCAACAUCACGCUCUGACGAAACCGCCGGUAAAAAUGUACCUCUAUCCUUUCCUGUGGUUCUCCGGUUUCCUCAUCUGCGUCGCGUUAUACUACGAAAACAACUACUACUUCUUCUUCGGAGAAUCCAUGGCGAGCAUGGCGUACAGCGCGUGGGUCAUGUCCAAGCACUUAGGCAGCACCGAAGGAGGAGGAGGAGCAGGAGGAGAAAAGAGCAGCGGUACGAGCGGUAGUAAACUAUGGCCGCCGCGAAACUACGGCCUUCGCGAAUACCUCUGCGACGCCUCCGUGGGAUGUUUCUUAUACUACCUCUGCGAGGUUAUAAAUCGCCCGCGAAUGUGCCCGAGAGGUAAAAUCUUCGCCGGACCUUCCUUGCUGCCAUUUUUUAUUUAA